CUGGAAAGUGUAGUGCUCGCUGGUGAGCUCACCUUAGUUGGCACCGCGGCUAUGGCAUCCACGUCGCCCAGCCCCGUGUGUGUUAUCCCAGCGAUGGGCGUGCGUUUCUCCUAUUUUCUCACAUGUAUCUACGAAAGGAACCGCAGAGUCAUUCAAUUGUUUUUGAGUCGAAACAUCCCAUUUGAGCUUUUAUGGUCUUUAUCGUAACCCUGAAAAAAAAGCAUAUGGCUAACACAGUCUGGUCAGGUGCAGUGCAGAGCAGUCGCGAUGCACGGCCUGAGGUCUCUGCCGCCUACGGCUCCUACGUCUGUGACAUAAGAAAAGAGAAGCGCAAGCGGCAAUGCCUGCCCGACGACAAGUGCAGCAACAGGUUCCCGUGCUGGCGAUCUUGUCGCUGCUGGCGUCUGCCGCCUUCGCCUCGGACACUAGUGACUUUUGCAGCUCGGUUACCUCCUGCCUCAAGGAUGGCAGCACCACGUGUGACACGACCACAGGCGAUUGUCCUCCAUGCAUCUACGCGCUCGACGGCACCUACACAUGCUGGGAGAAGGACAAUUCGACCAAUACCUGCCCCUUCACUGGUGUCCGCUACGACUGCUCCGACUCAUGGGGUUCCAAACCGUCCAGCAGCACCAAUAGUGCGAUGUCUUCUUCGACCGACCCGACGGACCCAAUCGCUGGCUCCUCCACUGCUUCCACCUCCUCGUCUUCUGAGGCCAGCACCGACACCUCGAGCUCCACCGGUUUGGGCGGACUGAGUUCUAGUCUCAUCACGCGCAAGAUGCGACGCCGUCGUGAGGAGAACGUCGCAGCUACAGCCCGACGAAGGCUUUCACUGGGCCCGUACAACAACAUCUUAGACACCAGCAAAGUCAACUACGCAUCCUCCAACAUGAAUGCUGGCUACAGUGGCCGUCGCAAGGGAUCACGCCCAGAUCCGAUGGAUACACAGUCUCACGUGCCCACAGAUGAAUCUCCGCGUAGCUUCGACGGUAUGUUGGCCGAUGCGUCGCAGUCGCCGGCGGUCUUAGGUGGAAACACGCGUGGCUCACGCAAAAGCGGAGGACGCAAUGUCCAGGCAUCCCCCGUUGUCGGAGGCAUUGGCGGGUUCUCAAACGUGAGUGAAUAUGUGCAACAGGACAUUUCCUCGCGCUGCACUGCAACACCGAACGUCUUUGGUGAAUAUCUACGCAUGAAGCAGGAGAUGCAGUAUGAUGAAGCCGACCGCAGUACUAUGGGCGGGAUGAGUGGUGUGAGCUUCAGCGAUACCAUCAGUGACCUGGAUAGCGGCAAGUACUCGUUCCAAUCGUCGCAGGGUAUUGGCCGACCGCCGCAGCGGCGAACAGACUUAGACGGUCGGUCAUCGAUGGCCGACUCACUCACCGACUCCAUCGCGGACUCGGUCACCGACUCGGAAUAUGCCGAGCAAUUGCGUGCUCGCGGAGAGAGCGACUGCUACAGCGAGAUGUCGUACAAUGACGAAAAAUACUCGUUCAGCAGUCUCGACGGUCUCGAUGACAGUCAAGUGCGAGAGGGCAAGCGAGAGGUCGAGAUUUAA